AUGAAUCAACCAACAACGCAAACAACCAAAUCGCGCUGGAUUAUCCUCGCCAUAGCCAGCGGUGCCUUUGCCGCCUUUAAUGGACUAUUCGCCAAAUUAACAACCGACGACCAAACCUCCGCCAUCACAAGAGCCAUCCUCCACAUCUUCACCUCCAACGACGAGAAUGCUUUCCUGGAGUUGGUAGUUAGAGGUAUCUGUCUGGGCCUAAACGUUCUCUGCAAUGUCAUCAUGUGGGCCCUCUUCACCCGCGCGCUGACCGCGUCUCCCUCGACGACGAAGGUGUCUAUCACCAACACGUCGGCGAAUUUCUUUGUCACCGCAAUGCUGGGGAUGAUUGUUUUCCGGGAGAAGUUGGGCGGGUUGUGGUGGAUUGGGGCGGCGAUGAUGGCGGCUGGGUGUAUUUUAGUUGGAAUGAGGGAGGAGUCGUAG